AUGUCAAAAUACAAUCCGAUGGAAAUAUUCAAAAAAAUCACCAAUGAAAUGUGCUUAUGUGCAGCAAUAUUAAUCUCAAAAUUGAAUUAUACGAAAAUUGUACAAUUUGAAAAUGAACAUUAUUAUGCUGCUAAUCAAAAUUCAACUGGAGCCAUGAAAAUCAAACAAAGUAUGAAGGAAUGUUCAUUUCAGACUUCUAACAAUCCAGAACAAGCUGUUCAAAAUGUAACAAAAGAAAUAUUAAUUGAAUUACCAUCUAAAGACUCGAUAAAAAAAGUAUUUGCAAUCAAAGAAGCAGUUUAUACUUGA